GACGCUGACGUGAUGUUGCAGGUGUUGCCAGGGAGUUGCAAUGCAGUUGCUAGGUUGCUUGUUAUUUCAUUGAAACACCUCUCACAUGUUCUUCAGCGCAUGCAACUCUAGUUUCAGUCUUAAAAUGUGGAGCUUUAGAAACUUUGAGUUCUCUUUUUGAUUCGACUCUGUGGUAAUGAGCAUCAUGUGUGUCAUCUGUCUGUCUCUGACUCUCUGAGCCUGCUGUAAAAGGAGCUUCAGAAAGGCCUCGAGGGUGCUGUGAUCACUGUGAAUAUUAGACUGCUCUGUGAGGAUGUGAACAGAACAUUCACCCCAUGAGCUCCAUUACAGACUGUUGAUGCUCAAUGUUUCUGUCACUAAAUCACCUGUGGAACAUGCUCUCUUUGGUUAAACCACGGUUCAUUUUAUUAAGGGAUUUACCAAUUGUGUAUACUUUUUUUAAUAACUGUACUGCCUUAAUGAUCUAAUGUUUUGCAGUGUUUUUUAAAAAAGGAAGAAAGAUUCGCAAACCUCCUGUGUCCUUAUCUAAAACGAAUGAUUCGCGAUCCGAUUCGAGCGCUUCGAAGCAGUGAAUCAAUCAUUUUGCGACUCAAAUGUUUUUUAACUGAUUCGGAGUUUCGAAAAGCUCCGUUUCACAAUCACUACGUGCUUUUUAAAACCAUUACAAGCGAUGUCGACAUUCGAAACGGCUCUUUUGAUCUGGUUUUUCAAGUGAAUCGCUCGAACUGAAUGAUCGGAGUCACGAGUUUGAAUCAAUCGGAGCGGUUCCAGCGUAAAUGACUCACUCAAUUGAAUCGAUUCGUCUGUUCCUCCUCUUUUCUCGGUUUAGUGCUAACUACUGAAACAGUUUAUUAAUAUGACUAGCUGCAGAUCAAAAUACAUGUUAGAUGGAAGGAUUGAGUUUGUAACUUAAUUGAUUAUAUAUAUAUUUAAAAAAAAUUAGCAGUAAAGGUUGAUGGCAGUUCUACAAUAAAUUAUCAUCCAAUCUCUCAUUCCAUUUUAGUGAAUGUUCAAUUUAUAAGUUAAAAUUAUUUUUGUAUCUGAUUGUAGAGAGAUAGUUCAUGUAAAUAGAUCGAAUGGGAGAAGCAGAUGAACACAAAACAGCAAGUGAAGUCAACAAUUAUCCAAGUUUGCCAGAAUUAAAUGAAUGCAAACAGAUCUUUUAUAAAAUACAGUUUCUCUUAUUGCAUAAAUCAUCACAGCAAGCUUCACGUGUGCUCAGUAUGUUGCAUUAGAUCAGACAUCGAUAUAUUAAUCUAUGCACAUCAGUUGCAAUCAUUCAGCCGUGGAUCGGCUCGGGCGCGCGCAGGUUUCGGCGGGGGCGCGCUGACGUCAUCGGGGUUUAUUAGCGGCGCUCGGACCCGCGGGCUCCAGUCAGUGUUUCUCCGCUCCUCGUGCACUAAACCAGAUCCAGGACUCAUGUCCGGGAAUCCAGACCGGAGUAAAGGAUUCACCUGAAGAGGAACACACAGCGGUCAGCUGAAGAAAGAGAGCCGAGAGCCGUCUCUGUUUUCCUCCAUGUGAAGGAAAAGGUACAAGGCUGAGCGAUGAAUGAGAGUGCGGCGCUCAACGAGAGCGGUGCUGGUUUGCCGGUGUCCUCGUGGCUGGAAGCAGAAGACUUCGACAACAACCGGACCCUUGCGCUCUCAUCGGCGGCCCUCGAGUACCACGUCAACCCGUGGGACAUCAUGCUGUGCCUGUCGGGGACGGUGAUCGCCUGUGAGAACGCCAUCGUGGUGGCCAUCAUCUUCUACACACCGACGCUUCGCAACCCGAUGUUCAUUCUGAUUGGCAGCCUGGCCACCGCUGACCUGUUAGCCGGCAUGGGAUUAAUCCUGAACUUCGCUUUCCAGUAUCUGGUCUCAUCUGAGACCAUCAGCCUCAUUACAGUCGGAUUCCUAGUGGCGUCCUUCACAGCGUCCAUCAGUAGCUUGCUAGCUAUUACUGUUGACCGCUACCUGUCGCUCUACAACGCCUUGACGUACUUCUCCGAGAAGACGCUGCAUUAUGUGCAUCUGAUGCUGGUGGGAACAUGGGGUGCGUCGUUGGGAUUGGGACUGCUGCCCGUUUUGGGCUGGAACUGUUUGGAUGAUGCAUCCACCUGCAGCAUCGUGCGUCCGCUCAACCGCACCAACCUCACCGUCCUCGCCGCGUCGUUUUUCGUCAUCUUCGCCCUCAUGCUCAGCCUGUACUUCAAGAUCUGUAAGAUAGUGUGUCACCACGCGCAUCAGAUCGCUCUGCAGCAGCACUUCUUCACCACCUCGCACUACGUGGCCACCAAGAAGGGCGUCUCCACGCUCGCCAUCAUCUUGGGCACGUUCGGCGCCAGCUGGCUGCCCUUCGCCAUUUACUGUCUGGUCGGGGAGCGCGAGUAUCCGUCGGUGUACACUUACGCCACGCUGCUCCCCGCCACCUACAACUCCAUGAUUAACCCCAUCAUCUACGCCUACCGCAACACUGAGAUCCAGCGCUCCAUCUACAUGCUCUUCUGCGGCUGCUUUCAGACCAAGGGCUCGUACCGAUCCAGAUCACCCAGCGAGGUGUAGAUCCUCAGAACUUAUGAAAUAACAGUCCAGUGCUUUUAAGGCUCAUUAAGAAACAUAUUAUUAUUCUUCAAAGGCCCAAAUCUGUGCAAAAGCAUCCAAGUUGUAUUGUAUGAGAUCACUUUGUAUCUCCAGUAAUGAGUCUCUCAGUAAGAUGAGAUGUAAAUGAUCCACACAGUGAUUGAGAGCUUAAGAAAUCCAGGCUCCUCAGAAGAUGUGAGAUGUUCUGGAGGCUUGUGAAGAUCAUUCCUCCGCUGAGGAACAG